GCUCCUGCACCGUUGGUCGAGGAAGAGGACGAUGUGGGGAUCUGCCAAGAGUCCACGCUGGACGUUGGGCCUGCACUCGUGCCGUUUCCCCCAAAGCCUAAGCCGAAUCCGCUGCCGCUGCCGCCGCCGCCGCCACCACCACCACCACCGACAGCGCCACUGCCACCACCGCCGCUGCCGUCGUUGGCUCUUGUGCUACCUCGGUCGGCGCCCGGCACGGCGUCUCGGCUUGCCGAGCGGGUCCGCAAAGGACGAUGGAUGGGAUGGGAAUCGACAGCAAGGGAUCGUCUCCAGCUUCGCUCGGUGGAGCCAAGGACGCCAUCGACUGGGCCCUCGUCGGCUUCGUCGCGGCCACUGUCGGUGGCGCUGAGCGAGCGUCGGUCCAGGUCGCUGGCCGAGUCCGGGUGACGGGGGCGUGCAAGGCGAAGCUGUCUCACUGGCUGUUGCCUGAGAAAGUCAAGAGAGAUGGAGAGGUCCGGAAAGUGGUCCUCUUUAGAAUUGAACCGUGUCGUCGCGGGCGUGCUGCGCUGGUCUCUAGGCAAAUCGAGCUCUACCUUUUCUUCGCAGAGAUCUUGCUGGAGGAGCAUGACCGUGCGUGUAAGCCUUCACGGGACGGGGAAGUUGAUUUAGGAAAAAGGGGGGGAAAUGGAAGUAUAGACGAGGGUGCGACACUCACAGAAGUCCAGGACGAAUUGGAGUGCGAGCGAGGAGAGCCCUGUUUUUUUUUCGUCGGGUGGACGAAAUGGCAAGCAAAGCAAAGUGCAAAGUAGCAGCAGGUUGACCAGCCAGAGAGGGGUAGAGAAACGAAAAAAUGCAGCAAGGGAGGGAGCGGUGACGACGAAGGUAAUCCGGUGGAGGUGCG